CUGAGCACUAUCAUGUGGAGCAAUCCAUGUUGCAACUUGCAGAGCUAUACCAACAUUGCAUUUGGAGCACUUCUGCAUGACGCCUCAGCCAUGAGCUGAAAGGAGGAGGGUGUCAACAGACACGUUGAGAGAGGACAGAUGAGCUGAUUCCAUUUUCGCAGCAAUGGCGUUGGUGCGGGCGAAGCCUGUGGGAGGCAUAACAAUGCGCGCUGAUCCCAGCCAAAGGAGUGGAUACAGUCGUGGUUCGUUCAUCACUCACACGUCUCAAAGCCAUUGCUCUUUCAGGCAGAUCAGUGUGCGCUUAAUGCUUUGUGGUCCAACUAAGAACCUUUCCUCUUCCUCUUUGAAGCAGACCUCUGCGCACCACAAGUGGCAGCAUUUGAGCUUUGAGGGGCCGCCGCAUAGCUUCCGAUCAUGCGGCACCAAAGCUGGUUUUCUCAAAGAGAGUGGUCAGCUCAUUGGGAAGCUAUCCACAAGGAGGGGCGUCCUUCAGAAAAGACCAAAAUGCUGCCAAGCGGUUUCAAAGUUGGCCGAGGGGGGCCGGUCCACUGCAAGCUUCGUAGCUUUUCCAACUAAGAAAGCACACCAACCAUCAACAGAACGGCCAACUCCCGAUCACUGGCAAGACAGGAGACCAACUCAGGCGCGCUUCAAAUGGGCCUCGUUCUAUCUCGGCUUAUCGGCAGCGGCCGCGAGCCUAUUGAGGAGCAAUGCCAAGCUCGUCCUCGCCGUGUCGCUUUUGCUUGCAGCAUAUGCUAUGCGCUCAGGCGUGCUGGAUAUGGUCCGUGGCCCCUUUGGGGACUCAGCGCCACGGGUUGGGGGUUCUAAGGCACCAUUUGACGAUCCGACAGAAAAACUGGGGAACCAGAAUAGUGUCAAAGCAAACGCUGGCGCAAGCGGGGGGCAGCAAUUGGCAGCGCAGGAGACCCCUGUUGCAACGGAGGCGACUGCAAUGGAGGUGGUCAGGCCAGUUCAUUUCACGGAGGAGGGGCUGCGACCGGUCAUUGAGGCUGCCAAGAGGGAAGUCCGUCAGGAGGUGGUGGCAGCGGGCGUCGUCGGGCGCCUCGAGCGCGUCAUGCGGAUGCUCCCCAUCAUCCAGGAAGCGGCGCUCGCAAGCCGAGACCUGGCAAAGCAGGCGUCCGGAGACACCGCUGCUGUCCUGGGUGUGUCCACAAAAAUCAAUGCUGAGGUGGUCGGGCUGAAGCGCCAGGUGGCGGCCGGUUUGGACGCCCUUGGACGGAACCUGCAAACAGACCUGUCCGAAGAGGUCCGGAAAGGCGCGGCUGAAGUGGCCGGCUCAGUCAAGGAGGACCUGCAGCAGAUGGAGGGGCGGCUCUCCCGAAAGGUUGCAACGUCUGCCGAGGUCCUCGCCCUGCACCAGCGCCUCGACGCCGUCGCGCGCCUGGUAGAGGACGUCGCUCGCACCAGCGUGCAGCUCCAGGCGAUUCCUCUGCAGGUCGACGCGCUCCAGCAGCAGCUCUCGCAGCGAACCCUGGACCCUUCCGAACUCGACCUGCAGAGGAGUGAGCUCGGUGCCCUUGGCCACGUGUCUCAGCAGCUGCAAAGCUUGCAGAACGUGGCGGAAGAUAGGACGGAGGUUUUGUUGCAAGAGGUUCAGGGUUCUGCCGCUGCGACCGUGAGAAUCGCAGAGUGGGGGGCAGAGAUUGCGGCAGACGUGCGAAAUCUGAAGCCGACUUUGGAGGAAAGUGCGCGACAAAACGCGGAAAGCGUGCAAAGGUUAGCGGACAUGAACCAGGGUUUGUUGGACGGUGUCCGGGAGGUGGCCGAGAGGAGCGUCCGGGCGUCCGAGGAAGUGAGGAACGAAGUGGGGGGGUUGGUUGACCUGCAAAAACGAGGGGGGGCAAGAGAAAUGGAGCGGGUCCUGGCAGAGGGUUUGGCAGCAAUUGCGGCGCAGCUACCGGGGCUGAUGGAGAAGGGAACGGAAGAACUAGGCGCGGAGAGCUUUAAGGGUGCGAAAUCGGACGAGGACGAAGAAGAGGUUGAUGAAUUGCUUUUGCAGGCGCAGAGAGCGUAUUUGAGCGCGUAUGCACCAGCGGGGGCGGCUAAAGAAGCAACCGCUGCUGUUUUGGACAAGGGAGAAGGUGAGACGGUGAGAGGGGAACUUUCGGAAACGGUAACGGCGCCGGAAACGGUCCGUUUGGUUGAGGGCCUCGUCGAAGACGAAACUGUGCUCGAGGGGCUGUGGAGCAACCCUCUGCUCACGGCGGUUGCUUCGCAGCAGUCUACUAUGCCGGGGGGGGCCAGAUUGGAAGUUCCGAAAGAGGUGGAGAAGCAAACGCAGGCGCUGUUCUCGGUUAUCGAGGAGAAGCUCCGGUCGGGCGUCCCUGCUGACGUGGCGAUCACGGGGGCCAUUGACGAGGCGCCACCUGGCACCUUAACGGACGCAUCGUGGAUUUUUGAGUUGGAGGGGGCAGAGACCAGGCAAAUAGGGGUUAGCACAACUGAAGAUGCGGGAGGACAAUUUUGGGAGUCUUCUCAAGCGGCUGGGUUAGGGCGUGACCCGAUUGAACUAGGCGAGUGGGCGUCGUCAGAAGAUUCGGAACACGAAUGGGGUGAUUUGAACGCUCAAGAAACAGUCCCGCGGAUGAGCAACGACAAUGACAAUCGGUCUUUGAACGGAGCGGAAGUACCUGCGGCGACGAGAUUGGAUUCAGAAGAUGCGAGUGCUCAGGAAAGGAAUGGGAACGUGAUGACGGGCGCUGAAAGAGAGGAAGGUGUGGAAGGGCUGUACGGGCGAAGGGGCUCGGCAGCGGAAACGGAAACGGAAACGGAAGCAGAACGACCAAUGGCGCGUCAGAUUGGUGACGACCUUGACGGGGCUGAUGCCUGGAAUGGAGGUGUGCCUUCAGAAAGGGAGGGUUCAAACGAGAGGUGGUUCCGGGAACACUUCCUGAGGGGGGAGCAGUUGGAAACAGAACGAACUGUUGACGCCAGAAGCGAACCGGCUGACGUCACGAGCGAGUGGGCCGGAGUAGCGAGCGAAAGGGGUGCCGAUAAUGCUGCAAGGUUUGACGAAGCGCCAGGCUUUGCAACGGAGUCGGAGUCAGAGCAGGCAGGAUUGCGUCGAGAGCCCGAUCUGUACUCUGUUGCAGGAUCGGAACGAAGACUUGAAGAGUCCAAUUGGGACAAUGGGGGGGAGCCAAACGCCCCUCCUGAGGCGCCGAUCCUUUUCUACUCGGGAGAGCGCGACUGGAGCCCACGUGGGGGGGGCUCGCCGGUCCCGGACCUCCGGUGGGGGGGGCAACUCGAGCUGGAGCGCGACCCCUCUGAAACCGUUCUAGGCCUCCAAAGCGAGCGGGACUCGGAGCUGCUGACGUCAGCGAAGUCGGCCGGAGACGUCACUCCUGGUGUGAGUGCGGCGAUGGGCUCGGACUGGGUGGAGCAGCCGCCAGACGACAACUGGGGCGAGAGGAGGGGCCGGGGGGCGUAUUCACAGCGGGGGAGAGAGGGGCGGGGGCAGGGUGGGAACGGGCGCUCGUCGGAAGAGUGGGACUAUGACGGGGGGAGCGACUUUGGUGCGGCGGGGGGGAAUGAGUCAGGCGCUGAGCGAGAGAACUGGGGUGAUCGGUCUGGCUGGCAAGGACGGGACAAUGUGAAUCGGCGCCGGGCAGAGUAUGAAGAGGAGUACUGGGAAGGGAGUGGUGCCAAUUCACCCCAACGAAGGGGCCCGCAAGCUGACGAAGAGUGGGAUAGACCAUACCCCGCACCUGAAGACCCCAGCCCCUACCCCGAGAACCGAACAGAGGUUCCGCCGGGUGCAGCCAAUUGGGACGAACCUCUAGAGGAUCCGCCCACCAGCCCGGAAUACGAGGACAGCGUGAACCGGGGGUUGCGAUUGCUCGAGGAGGGCCGGAAAGGGCUGAGCGGACAGUCCGAAGUGGUCAUCGCGGACCGCAUGUUUUCGGACGCGGAGAAAGCGUUCGAGGAGGCGCUCGCGAUGGUCCCCGACGACCGGUGGGCGCUUUUACAGCUGGCGAGCGCGCUGCUGGACCACGGGGAGCUGAAGCACCGCCUGGCGGAGCGGGUGUCUGCGAGCGCAGAGGGCCGCUUUGCCAGCCCCGAGGAGGAGGAGUGGCUUCAGGCGAUCCUUGACCAGGGGGGAGAUCCCGCUGACGUCAUUGCCGAGCUGCGCGAGGGCAGCGAGGAGCUGCUCAGGGAGGCAGGGCGCGCGUGCCGCGAUGGGGUCAGCCGGGAACCCCGGGACACGGACGCGCUCACUCUGUGGGGCCUGGCGCUGUGCCUGCGGGGCCAGCUGGCGAGUGACCGGGGCAACGAGGAGGGGUCGGGGGACCUGCGCAACGAGGCGGACGAGCUGUUCCAGGCGGGGGUGGAAAAGUUCGAGGCGGCGCUGGCCGUCAAUCCAGAUCUGUGGACAGCGCUUUUAAACUGGGGCUUUGCGCUUCGCGACCGGUCCCGGCUGCGCCCCAUCACGAGCGUGCAGCGGCAAAAGCUCCUUACGGAGGCGCUCGACCUAGUUGCUGAAGUGGCGGACAGGGGAAAGAAAGGCGCCGCCGAGACGCUCAUGGCCCGGCAAGAGCUUCCCGUGCUAGAGAGCGAACUAGACAUGGUACAAGAGGCGGUUGAGGCUUCGCAGAACAGACGGGUUUCGGGGAGGCGAACGGCGGAGAUUGAUCAAAGGCCGCGCCGAGCUGGCGCGGACAGGUGGAGUGAAUUGUAGCCGCACAUUGUCUGGAGUUUGAUUGCUUUGUUGUGCUUGCACAUUCGCAACACAAAGACGAGCUUGAUUUGUUCUCGCACUGAGGAUAAUCUGUUUGAAAUUGCUCACCAAGGA